GCGGGGCGGCGCGGAGCCGGCAGCGCGCGGGGCGCAGUGUUCUCUCCUGUCACCACUUACCAAAUAGAGAUAGGUGUGGGAACAAUAAAUUCAAGUUAUUAGUCAACCAAAAAAGAGGUGGCCUGCAGCAGCCCCCUGGCACUCAAUAGUAGUUUUUGAAGAUGUCAGCAGAUCUACCGUUAAAUAUUAAUAUCAAGGAGCCCCGAUGGGAUCAAAGCACUUUCAUUGGGCGAGCCAGUCACUUCUUCACUGUAACAGACCCCCGGAAUAUUUUGUUAUCUGAUGCCCAGCUGGAAAGCGCAAGAAAAAUCGUGCAUGAUUACAGACAAGGUAUUGUAGCACCUGGAUUGACUGAAAAUGAACUGUGGAGAGCAAAGUAUAUCUAUGAUUCAGCCUUUCAUCCAGACACUGGUGAAAAGAUGGUCUUGAUUGGGCGAAUGUCAGCUCAGGUACCCAUGAACAUGACUAUCACAGGUUGUAUGAUGACCUUUUAUAGAACGACACCAGCAGUGGUUUUCUGGCAGUGGAUUAACCAGUCCUUCAAUGCUAUAGUAAAUUACACAAACAGGAGCGGUGAUGCCCCAAUUACUGUCAGCCAGCUGGGAACAGCCUAUGUUUCUGCUACCACAGGUGCUGUUGCGACAGCUUUAGGACUUAAUGCACUAACAAAGCAUGUCUCACCUCUUAUAGGACGGUUUGUUCCUUUUGCUGCUGUUGCUGCUGCUAACUGCAUUAAUAUUCCACUAAUGAGACAAAGGGAACUCAAGUUUGGAAUCCCCAUCACAGAUGAGAAUGGAAACAGACUGGGUGAAUCAACAAAAGCAGCUCAGCAGGCCAUUACUCAGGUGGUUAUAUCAAGGAUCCUCAUGGCUGCUCCUGGCAUGGCAAUUCCUCCCUUCAUAAUGAACACACUGGAAAAGAGAGCCUUUUUAAAGAGAUUUCCAUGGAUGAGUGCUCCUAUUCAAGUUGGAUUAGUCGGAUUCUGCCUUGUGUUUGCAACUCCUCUGUGUUGUGCACUGUUUCCUCAAAAAAGUUCUAUGUCUGUAACACGCUUGGAGCCAGACUUACAAGCAAAGAUCCAGGAGAACAGCCCUGAACUAGAACGUGUAUACUUUAAUAAAGGAUUAUAAUUCAAGGAAGGGAGAAUAUCUUA